AUCGAGAAAGGCAAAAGCGUUGGAAACCAUUUUUGGUCAUAAACUUCAAUACAAAAACAUAUAUGGAAUAGGGUAAGCAGUCCGAACGCAUAGAUGGUAUAUUAGAUAUAUUGGGUUGUUUUAUAUGGCCUUGAAUUGGAUCGAUGUAUCAAAGGAUCAGGACUAAGACAUUUCUUUCCAUACAAGUUUUACAUCUGAGAAAUGUGAAGAUCUUCGGUAUUACAUGACAACAUACCGGAAUUCAUAUAUGGGUCCUCUUUUAUUAUGUCAAAAUCCCAUAUAAUUUUGAAAGCCUGGAUGGACAAUCAACUAUUGUCUCAAAAGUUACACAGCCACGAGGUGGGCAAAGAGCCAACUAUUGUCUCAAAAAAUGAUCAAAUGGGCUGAAGCCCAAGUGAAGAUACUGUUGGGCCGUAAUGGGGAGCCUAAUAUUUCAGACCAAGAUUUUUGAGCCGGGAGUUUAAUAGUGUUGCGGUUAUUUUGUGAUUUUCCAAUGGGAGAACAUUCCAUCUCUCUCUGAAAAUUUUCGCCAUCAUGAUUUGCGCCGUGCAUGGUUUACUUUAGAAUUUGCCUGGACUUUGAAUAUUUUCCCUCUGAAGCAAAACAGCAAGAACAAAACUCUUCUCAUUCAAUUCUCCAAUAAAGGGAGUGAAAGGCAACUAAGAGUGAGGGAUUAACUAUCAAGUACCUUCUGAACUAAUGGGUAAUGUAAUUGGUUCAUUUUUUUCUGGAAUUGGUAAAGCGGUUGGUGACCUUUUUGGUUCUCCACUAGAUUUCCUAUCCGGAAAGUCUUGCAGCACAACAUGCGGGGCAACAUGGGAUUUCAUAUGUUACAUCGAAAAUUUUUGCGUUGCCAAUCUGCUGAAGAUGGCCAUGGUGGUUCUUCUGCUCUACAUUGUUCUCUUAUUCUUCUAUUUGUUAUAUAAAUUGGGCAUUUGCAAGUGUAUAAGCCGGUGCCUCUGCAGAAUGAUAUGGGCAUCAUUUGCUUCCUGUUUCCAUGCAUUGGAGUGCUGCUGCACUUUCAUGUGUGUUAAGCUUCAUUUGCUCAAAAGAAUGAACAGAAGACAGAAAACAGUAGUAAUUGAAGUAUUUGAUACAAGUGAUGAUGAUGAUGAAGAAGAUGGAAGUCUGUUUCCUUAUCAUGCUCCUAACCACAUGGAAAAGAGUAGGUCAGUAUCUCGUCGAAGGAGGGAUUAUAGAGGUGCUCAUUUAAGGAAGUCUUUGAGGCCAAGAAAGCGUAAUAUUCGAGCUGGGAUUAGUAGAGAUCUGGUUUAUGGCAACAGAAGAAAUUACAUCAAGCAUGAUGAUGGGAAUGUUAGCAGGGAUAAUCAUCUCAUUAGGAUAACCAGAACAUCAAAGGUUGUACAUAAAGGCUCAAAGUACUACAAAGCUGGAGUUUAUGGGAGGAAAAGGCUGUGAUGCAGGGUUUGGAGAGUUUGCUUGAGCCAAGUGUCAAUAUUAGUAAUUAACUGUAACAUAUUUAUAGCACUUUACUUUAUUAUUAUUAUUAUUGAAAUUUGAAUCUACUUUGCA